UGUCUUAAGUGCCAGGAGGAGAUUCCAGCCAUGGAGAAGACCGCACCAGACACAGAAAAGAAGACAAACACUGACACUGUUUCUAAAGAGUGUCUGGAGGCAGGCUUGGAUAAAGACCUGGAUGACGCUGACUUAGGCAACCAUAGUUGUGAGUUUUGUGGGAGCAGUUUUGAAUCCAGGCGAGGUCUCUCCAGUCAUGCACGGUAUCAUCUCAGGCAGCUGGGAGUGGCUGUAUCUGACAGCAGUGGAUCUCCUAUAGACCUCCUGUACCAGCUAAUGAAAGAAAGAGGUGGAACUCUACCCAAGCUCAAAAAACAGCUCAGUCCUGUUAAAAAAUACAAAACAAAGUCCCCCAAGCUCAAAAAAAAGGACUCUGGGCCCAAACUGAAGAUUAAAAUAUCCAACCUUGUAAAGAAAAAAUAUGCCCUUUCCUCAUCUUCCCCCAUUGCUGUAAAGGGAUCAGCAGCAUCCGGUCGCUCUUCUUCACCUUUCGCUGUAGGGAAGCCUCGUAAAGCAUCUUCAAAGAAGAUUUCAGCUCUGUCUCUUCAUAAGGAUGUGGAAUUCAGGCUCAGUGAUGGCAGUCCGUCUACCUCCCUCUCACUGGCCUCAUCCAAGCCCUUCUGGGCCCCUCAGGAAACAGAUGCCCCACUCAAUUUAGCAGAAACUAUGAUGAAUUCUACAGUGAGGGAUGACGUCCAUGUAUGUGAAUUAUGUGGAGCGUGGUACGAGACCCGUAAAGGUCUCUCCAGCCACGCACGGGCCCACCUGCGGCAGUUUGGUGUGAAUUUGGACUCUAAAGGUGCUCCCAUAGACUUGCUUCAUGAAUUUAUUCAGAGUGAAGGCUUCAAGGAAAAGGCCAGUGCUGGGCAGCUGGAAGGGUCGGGUUUUGAGGAAUACACAUCAUCUUCCUCCACUGCUUCCACCUCGUCAGCCAUCAGCAAAAAUCCCCCUCUUACUCCUCUGUCAUUUAAUGGGCUGACAUCCAUUCCUCUAACACCUCCCUCUAUCAAAAAGAAGAUUAUUUCUCAUGACUUUGCAAGAAACUUGCCCCUCAGCAACAAAGUAGAGUUUAAAUCCCCUCCUUCAGCCAAAAAGCACAAGAUUUCACUUGAUGGUACAGGGAACAUGCCACUCAGCGGCCAAAUAGAAUUGAAAUCACCUCCCUCAGAAUUGAUAUCGUCUCCCCCAAACAAAAAGCAGAAGAUUUCUACAGAUGUUUCAGAGGAAUUGGCUUUCGGUGAUAAAACAGAAUUGAAAACACCUCCCUCAGUGAAGAAGCAGAAGAUUCCUCUAGAUGUUUCAGCAAGCUUGCCCCUUGGUGAGUCAUCUAAAGAUGCCAGCUGUGAGUUCUGUCUCGAGAAGCUUAAGAAGAGUCAGAGCCUGGCCAGUCAUGCCCGCUAUCACCUGCGUCAGAUGGGCAUCACCGAGUGGUCCAUCCACGGGUCUCCCAUAGCUACUCUGCGAGAGGUCAUGGCCCAGCGUGGUAGUUCUGUGGGAUUUCUCAGUCCCCCAUCUCUACCCUCGCUGACCCCACUUGUAUUCCCUCCUGCACUCCCUCUCCUCUCAUCCCCUAAACCCAUUACCCAGCCUUCCUCUCCUCUUCCUGUUCCUCACAAAGUUCCAAAGGCCAAGAAAGGCUUCAGGACUGUGAUCCCAAAACCAAAGGACGAGCCUGUGGAAGUUGAUAUCUCUAUCAUAGAGUCUUCUAAGCCACAAAGCACUCCCACCAGCGCUUUGUCACCUCUAUCUGAUUCCAGCAGCGUUAGAUCGCCUGUGAUCGCCCCUAAGCCCGAGAAGCAGGACCCCAAACCGUUCGUAUGCUGCGAUUACUGCGGCGAGAUGUUUGAUACCCGUAAAGCCCUGUCCUGUCACGCACGUGGUCACUUACGGCAGCUGGGAGCAAGGUGGUCCCUGAAAGUCCCACCCAUAGAGGCCCUGUAUGAGCUCAUGAGGAGGGAGGGCACUGAGCGGGCAUCCCAAAUCAAAUCAGAACCUGCAUCAGGGGCGGCAGUGGAGUGGAAAAAAACAUCCUCACCUCAGACGUCAUCUCUGUCACCUGGGGAAAAACAGAGACCUGCCUCAGACAGCAUGACUACAGGGUGCAAUGCCACCUGUGAACUCUGCGGCUUUGAUUUUGAGAAUCGAAAGGCACUGGCCAGCCACGCAAGAGCCCACCUGAGGCAGCAGGGAGUAGAUUGGAAGGUCAUCGGCUCUCCUAUUGAGACCCUGGCGGCCUGGAUACAGAGUGAGCCGGGGAAGGUAGCAGAGCUCCAGAAAAGCUACAUGAGGGGGCAUUUGCCUCUUGUUAAGAAGGCCUCUAGAAGAACCUCCACUCCAUACUCUUCCUCAGACUCUAUGUCCGUCCGUCUUCCUCAUAAAGGUUCAUCAGCUGCUCGAGACUCUGUAGCUUGGCUGCAGGUAUCCCAGUUUUCUAAAGCAACUAGAGACGGCAAAGCAGGGAUGAGCCACUCCUCCUCAUCACACAAGAAACGGCCUUUAUCAGGUGAACUAUCCUCAAACAGCAUGAUCCAGAUCCCCACAGCCCACAGUGAACUGAACGUUCGUUCACCUCGAGGCUGUGAACGGCAUCCUCCAAAGCAUUUGUCUCACUCUGGGAGUGUAUCUGGGGAAACGGAACUUUCAAAGCCUUCUCGGGCUGGAAACAUUCCAUCCUUGGUGCCAAGACCACCAGAGACCAGUCUAGUAAAGCUAGUAGGAAAAAUGUACUCCCUUAAGUGCAGGUUUUGUGAGGAGAUUUUCCGAGGGCCGCUCUCCAUUCAGGAGGAUUGGGUCAUGCACCUACAGCAGCACAUCCUCAAGCUGAAGAAGGAUUCAGUCUCAAGCUCAUCAUCUCAGCCUCCUCUCAGUCACAGUGAAGCACCGCUGCUCAUUGGCCCUCAGGCUGUCUAAAUGCUCUUUCUGCUGUGGUCUUUCUUUUAAAAAUUAUGCAAUUGCACUACUUGACUUUUUAAAGACAUGUUUAGCUUUGUUGACCAUGGCAUUUCUUACCUGUCAAGUGUUGUCCAGUGGAUUUGAAUGUAUUUUACUUUGUUGUAUUUCACUGUUUAUAAUGUGUUGCCACAUUUUGCCAGUUUUCUUGAUUAACAAGAUUUCAAACCGGUUGUUUGAUAUUGUACUUAAAGUGUUUAGUUUUAAAUAAGGUUUUAUUGUUUUAUGAACAAAAUUGUGUAGACCAGUGUUUGGUCUUUGAAAUGAAGUUGUUGUUCUCACUUUUAGUAUGGUGCUUAGAAUUCUGAAGACCGUGCUUCUCCCGUGAGUGAAUGGGCUGAUUUUUCAAUGCCAAAAAAUCCAAUAAAAGAGAUUUCUACAGAUUUUCAUUUCUGUGGAUUUUCAGGAUUUUUCCAGUUUUAAGCAGUAACCAGCACUUCUUCUCUGCAGGCCUUCUCAAGUGAUCCCAGCAUUAAAUGAAACUUUAAUAUGUCUUGUUUUUACUAACACGUUUUUGAGGAGCUUUUUGAUUCUAUUACAUGUACUUGUGUAUUUGUCUUUGUAAAACACUGUGCCAGUGUCUGAUUGGAGUGAAGGCUGUUUUAUACUCCAACAAUAGAUAUUAAGAUAUACCUUCCUGAACAUACAUGGAAAUCAUAUAGAUUUCUAUAUACAUUAUUUCUCAUGUGAUAUGUGAGGUUCUUAUUUUUUCUUGGUCUCAGGCUUUGCAAGGUUUUGAAUCAAACUGUCAAUGAUAAGCUGUAGUCCUUGCAAAAUCAUUUAAUUAAUUGCAGUAUUGAGACAACUUUGUAUACCUGCAUUUGAUAACCAAUUAAUAAAGACUUUGAAUCUA